ACCAUUGGACCAACAACAACAACAACAGUCUUUAUACCUUCUUUUAGUUCUCUCUCUCUCUUCCUCUUCCUCUUGUUGUCUUCUUCUGCUUUAAGUUUCGUGUUAGGUUCAGAAACCAGCAUUCACCAUCACCUUGCUGCCUCUGGCUUGCUCUUUCAGGUCAGAGGCCCUAAAAAGUGUUUAUCAAAGCGUGUUCUGUCAGAGAAAAACUUACAUAUGAAUAAUCAAGGAAGCCCGAACGUUGCAACUUGCAAGCCCGUCACUACAUUUGUCCACACCGACACCAACACUUUCAGAGAAGUCGUGCAGCGCUUGACAGGUCCAUCAGAGAGCAAUGCUGCAGCGGUACCAGAAGCUACAGUGAUGAAAACCGCUAUACAAAAGAGGCCGACUUCUAAGCUCCAUGAGAGAAGGCAAUCUAUGAGGCCAAAGCUUGAAAUUGUCAAACCUCCUCUAAGCUUUAAACCCACUGGUACAACCCCAUCAUCUAAAUCUGGUAUUACCAACCUUUUAACAAAUCCACUAGGUACCUCUUCUUCAUUGUUCUCUAACUUGUCCUUAAUAGAAGGAGAUAAAGCAGAGCCAGAUAGUUGUACAACAAACAACGAAGAAGAGGAGAGAGCCAUUAAAGAAAGACGAUUUUACUUGCAUCCAUCGCCAAGGUCUAAACCAGGGUAUACAGAGCCAGAGUUGCUUACUUUGUUUCCUUUAACAUCUCCCAAUUCGAGUGGCAGACCUUAAAUUCGACAGAUUAAUCAUUAAGCAUGUUCUCUGCCUACUAUCCCAAAGCUCAUGUACAUGUAGCGUUUCAGAAAAUUACCAUUGAAAGAGAAA